AACUUUGUAAAGUUUCAGAGCACUAUGGAUUCCUCAAAAUCAUCAACCGGGACAAGCCGGAGAUUCGAGCUGCUGUGCAUUAUGAUGCUCACUUUUGGGCAGCUUUGCAUAAUGACGGGCUAUGAUUCUCAGUCGUUUAUUUUGGAGUCAGUGAUUCAUUCGAUUCAUGAGAGGGAUCCUGAGAGAAUCAGUGCUUUUGCUGGGUAUUAUGGCCAAGCCGUAUGCUACCUGGCCUACGUCACCACUUGCCUCUUCUCACCAUCGUUCCUCUACGCCACCAGUGCAAAAACUACACUUUUGAUCUCCUCGAUCUGUUUCACCUCUUUUCCACUGGGCUUUCUCUUUACCAACUCAUACUAUUACUAUUUUUCUUCUGCAUUAAACGGUGUCGGAUUUGCCUUGUACUAUACGGGUAACGGCGGGUACAUUACUUCACAUUCUACCCGGCAAACUAUCGAAUCAAAUGUUUCACUUUCCUGGUCAUUUGGGUGUUGUUGCAUGAUUGUUGGUUCCGUAAUUAUGGCCGUCAUAACUACAGUAACCCAGGAUCAAAUCCCACAGCUUAUUGAUGCCGUUAACGUCACAAUUGGCGGGCAUGGUGUAGAACGGCGAUUUGGAGAUGGGGAAAUAUAUUUGCUCUUUUCCGUUUUUGCCGCGAUUUCCUCAAUGGCCAUCUUCACAUUCAUGUUGAUGCCAUCACAGGAUGUUUCAAAUUGUAUAGAGCCAAGCGAUAAAGUUGUGAGCUUCAAGGAUGGAAUGAAACUCAUGGCAGAAACCCUAAAAUCCUCAAAAAUGUUCAAGUUGGCUCCGACCUUCUUGCUCACCGGAAUGUACACGGCAUUUUGGGUGUCCAUUUACCCAACCAGUCUGACUUUCAACAUGCACAACUCAAAAAUGAUAUAUCUUCCUGCAAUUUACGGAUUCGGAGUUGGAGUUGGCGAAACUAUUAUGGGCAUUAUCAUCUCCACACUGAGCAAGCGCAUCAAAGAUUUCGGUUUGAAGCCAACGAUGCUCAUUGGAAGUGUGCUCACCACCGUCUUCUGUUUUGUAGCUCUUCUCUCAACUCCGUUUGACGCUACAGUAACCCCAAGCCACGAGCAACCCUUGCUCUUUCAGCCAAGCCAAGUUACAGUAUUUCUGAUUGCAAUAAUCGGAGGAAUGUCAGACUGCUGUCUGUGCAGUGUGAGAUCUGUAAUUUGCGCGUUAGCGAUGCCAAAACGAAGAGCUCAAGCGUUUUCUGUUUCGAAAAUUUAUCAGUCCCUGGGCUCAUGCUUCAUCUUCUUCCUGUCCCCAUUCCUCAACCUCUACCACUACGUCAUCGGAAUCCCAUUGCUCUGCGUACUGUCGUGUAUUUUAUUUUUCCGCCAGGCCAGACAGACUCAAGUUAUGGAACGAAAAUUGACACAGGAGCUUGAAGAGUCAGAAAAACGAAGGAUGGCAAAAGAGCUGGAAGCUCAGAUGCAGAAGAUUUGAUGAAGCUUUAAUUUUUUAGGUUUUUGAAAGUUUUUGAAUGCAUUUUUUAUAUGAAAAUUAAAUUGUCCA